AACUAGCUGACGAGGACGUUCCCUGAUUGGGAAACAGAAGUAUCAGAGGCGAAAAGCAGCAGGUUGAUAUUAAGUGGGGAGAUAUUAAAAUGGGUCAAGAGUAUCUCCUCGAUGACAGUGUACGUUGUUCGACAUCACGCUCGAUGCCUUUGUGAAGAGAUUAUCCCGCGAACUUGUCACAUGAAUCGUUAAUAUCGCGAUACAAAUAUCGUUCUCGUUUGCAAUCUCGUUAACGAUGCGAUUGGAUCGAAGCUUAUUCGAUACACAAUAAUCGUGCAGUCGUGACGUCACUACGCGGGAGAAUUCAAAAUCCGUUGAACAAAGAGAAAUGAGAUCGUCGACUGUUACAAUUAUUAAGCGCACUACUUGUUAGUACGAUUACUUAAUUAACUCUGUUCAGUUAGUUCGAGUGAAAUAAACUCUAAUUUGAAUCGCACGAUGCAACGUGUUACGAGCAACAACAACCGUGUACCUGGCUGUCUUACGUUUAAAUAUUACUGAAGGGAAAAAAAGAGAGGAUAUUUUCUGGUGAGAUAUAAAAAAUCUUUUUCAUGGUGGACAGAUCGUGGAAAAUCACGGAAUCAACAACCACCACGGGGACGACUUGGCUGUAUAACAUCACUACCCAAGGCGAGAUGAGCAGCAGCGGUGGGUUAGGAUUUGGCGUCGGCGUCGCCGGUGGUCCAACCCUCGCAGCCGCUCAGCAAAGCCAAGGGGUAGCUGCUCUCCUAGUGAUGCUUGCCGUCUUAUGCUUUAUUUUCGCCUAUUGCUGUUGGGGUGCACCGUUCUGCAGGUCUCUAUGUAGAAGACAUUGUUGCUGCCGGUUAGAAGAUCCUGAACCAGAUUCACGGUUUAGCAAUAACGAUCAAGCGAUGGUAGCAACACCGACCAUCAUUCUCUUACCACACGGUAGAAUGCUUGUUGUCGACGGUACAAUCUUCACCCAGUUCCAAACCGAUCCGACCGGUUUAGACUUGGUGGAACUCGGCGAUAGCGUGUUACGAGCUCAAAGAAAUCCACGAAGCAUAAAUCGACAUCAGCUACAGAAUAGCCAAGGUAGCAUCUUAGAGAUGGACGCUGAAACGCCCAGUAAAGACAGCUUAGGAUCCGUUGGGUGUUUCCCACCUCCAACUUACGAAAGUAUCUACGGAAAAGAAGAGUCAGACAUGCCACCGUCGUAUUCUGAUAUUUUAUUGCAUAGGUUCGCCAAUCUUCCUCACGAGAUAGACAUGCACGGUUUUUGUCACGACGGUAAAGAGGAGAUUGAGAUGCAGAGCCUAGAUGGUUAUCCGCAUAUACUAGGUAAUCCUAUGAAUACAAUACCGUACCCUUACGCGACGAUAGCAAAUUUUUCGAGUCAAAGUUUUCCACGAAGAAACGUCUCGAGAAAUCCAUCGAUCAUCAGCAAUCCUCUCGACAGUUAUUUCGUGGAUAAUGAAUUAGAAUUGUACAGGAUGAGCCAGGGCAUCGUACCUCGAGUGUUUAGCAAUGCGAAUUUUGAAGCCCUUAGAACUUAUCAGGACGAAACUUCGUUUCACACAGAGAACAGUAACGAACAUCAAAUGCGGAACGAAUUAGUGUCGGAGAAUGGAAAUCAUUGUGUUUCGGAUAAUACCGUUCGAAACAACGAAAGAAUGCAAGGGAAUAAUACCGAUGAGAUAUCACGAAAUAUAACGACGGGAAAUGAUCUGAUGAACACGAGGAAUCUUGUUCGUAGCUUGUCGAGGAUCAGCCAAGAAAGCAGAAACAACCUGGAGAAUUCUCAAAAAGAAAAUCAAGAGAAUGGAGUAAUCUUUGUUCGAUUAUCUCGUUCCGAGGAUCGCAAUAAUGGUCACGGUUCUCAUAAUUGGUAUUCCGUUGCAAACGAGAACGAUAGAUCGAGAACGCAAAUCAAUCAAGAUGAUCAAUCGAAUUUGAGAAAUGUACAUUCGGAAAAUCCUCGAGCGGAUGAAACUAAUCGCAACACGGAAUCAAAUCCGAUAGAAUAUUAUAUUAGAAGCCAAAGUAUCGACGAAAAUGUUGGAAGAUCCCAACGAUUGGAAACUGAAUCUAAUUACUCGGACGAAGAGACCAGUAAUUUCGGGGCUCUUGCUGAUAUUCGUGAAAGCCGAGUAUAACAUUAAACCUCUACGUUCACAAAGCACAUUUGGUCCUCAAAAAUACUUUGAAAAUAUGUUACGAGCAAAUGAUUACCGGAAAACUUUUUGACCAAACGAAUGUUGAUACUUGCAUCCUGUAAAAAGAAAAGUUAUCACUCAAAUAGAAACAUACUAUUAUCUCGCGAACUGAAUUAGUUUUUAUUAUAAUCUUAAUUUUUUUUUUCUUUUUUGUAAUUAAUUUUAUAAUACAACAGAAGUUUAUACUGAAAAUUGACAGUCGGGUUUAUUUGUUUUUUCUUUUUUCUCUUUCUUCUAACAGAUAUUACAAUAGACUUCAGAUUUGUUUGUACACAGAAUAAUAAAGAACAAUAAAAUAAACGUGUAUAGACAAUUUAAAAGUUAUACUAUCCAAAACCAAGAGGAAGAAUUAAUAAAAAUUAAAGUUCGAAAUAUAAUUUGAUAUAAACAGAAGGAACAAUCAAUUUAAUUGUGGUAAAUAAUAAUAGAAGAAAAAAGAUAAAACAAAGUUAGUUCAGUCCGUCCAAGAGUUAAUUACGUAUUAGGUUCGGUAAAUGUUAAGAAAAUAAUUGCUAUAAAUCGAUUUAAACAUUUUUUACCUGUUGUUAGCAAUCCAUGGUACAGACUAUUUAUUAUGCAUUUGCUUUUUACAUUGUUUUACUGUAAAAUACUUAACGAUUUCCGAUAUGCAAGUUUAGUAGAAAAGGCUUAAUAUUUGUACGUACCAUGAAA